GGCACCGCAGACACAACCAGCCCGACCAGGCGGCACCAGAAGACAGCCACAGCCCAGCCAGUAGCCAGUAGCAGAGCAGCCCGGCCAGUCUGCCUGCGCGGCUCUGGGCUCUAGCGGCACCACGAGUGCAUCGCGUUCGAGUUCGCGUUCGUCCUCGCGGAGUGCAGUGCAGUGCAGUGUCACGACCACGCCGACCAGGGCUCCACGGCGUAUGUGAUGAGCGGCGAUGAGGACGGCGUCAGUCUCCAGCGGCUCGGCAAGCAGCCACAAUGCGUGGAGAGCCAGCAGCCGCGCGUCCCGGAGGCGACGGCGCUCAAGGACGCGUCGACGCCCACCUCUGGCUCGGUGAUCCGAGUGUACCGGCGACGAUGGGGCAUGCUGGGCCUGUACAUCGCCGUCAUCUGCCUCAACUCGGUGCCCUACAUGCAGUACACCGUGGUCGGCAACGUGCUGUCCAAGUACUUCAGCGUCAGCAAGGACGACAUGGAGUGGAUGACCAUGGUGUCGUCCGCCACCGCCACCCUCUUCAUCUUCCCCGCCGCCUGGGUGCUUGACAAGUAUGGGCUGCGCGUGAGCGUGCUGGUGGGCGCAGCGGGCACCGCGGCGGGGCUGUGGCUGAAGACCCUGGGCUGCGGCCAGGACGGCUACUGGCUGUCGCUGGCGGGGCAGGGGCUCGUCUCCGUCGCCACCCUGUUCGUGGUGUCCUCGGCGCCGCCGCGGAUGGCGGCCGUGUGGUUCCCGCCGCACCAGGUGGCCAGCGCGGUGGGCGCCGCGUACCUCGUCAUCAUGCUCGGCAUCGCCAUCGGGUGCGCCAUGGCCCCGCUGUCCGUGAGCGCUGACCAGUCCGCCGACGAGAACUACUACAGCCUGCUCACCACCAACAUCGGCCUGGCCGUGGUCGGCACCGCGCUCCUCGCCGCGGUGUACUUCGUGUUCCAGGACAAGCCGCCGCUGCCGCCGUCGCCCUCCCAGGCCGUGAGGGCCUCGCCGGCCAGCGAGACCGCCAACAACGCCACGGCCUUCUUCAGGUCGCUGCGGCGCAUCGGCCGCGACCCUCACUUCCUGCUGCUCCUCUUCGCCUGCGCCCUGUUCUCCUCCACCCUCAUCGCCUACAGCGUGCUCAUGAACAGGACCGUCGUGCACUUCUUCGGGGAUGUCGGCGCGAAGCACACUAGCUGGAUCGGGAUGAUCAUGACGCUGCUGGGGAUAGUGGGCAUCGUCAUCAUCGGCAUGCUGGUGGACAAGACGAGGCUCUACAAGGAGUGGUCGGUGUUCAUCUACGUCUGCGCACUGCUCAGCGCGGCGGCCUACUCGGUGUCCGUCAGCCAGGGCACCAUCGUGACCGUUUACGUCUCCGCGUCUAUACUGGGCUUCUUCAUGCCCUGCUUCUACGUACCUGGACUAGCCCUGGCUGUAGAACUGACUUACCCCGAGCCAGAGGGCAACCCCACCGCCAUCAUCAACUGGCUCAUUCAGCCCACCGCGCUGCUGGUGAAGCUGAUGUACAGCCAACUGUUCGAGGUGGCUAGUCCCGACGUGGCGCACAUGGUGCAGUGCUCGCUCCUGGUGGCGGGGCUUGUCUGCAUCGCCUGCGUGCCCAAGAAGUACCGGCGGAGAGAUGCCGAGCGUCUCGGCCACCACGAACCCGUGAAGAACGUCAAGGAGACCAACGGGUCCACCGCCAAGGCCGAGGACGCGGAGUUGGCGGUCCCCGAGGCCAGCAAGCUCACCGUCGUCGACUGAUUCAAGUGCUCAAUGACUGAUUCCAAAUUCCAAUUUUUAGGGCAGGAUCUGGUUUAUUGUUGAGGGUCCGGUCCAAACCCUCGUUGAAAGUCAAUUUUCAUGUGUAUGUAUGAAGUGUUUUUGUGCGUUUAUGUGAGUGUAUGUGUAUGUGUGUGUUUGUGCGUGUGUAUGCGUGCGUGUGUGAGGCAAAAGGGAUGAAUGCCCUUUUUAGCUUAAGAGGCUCAAACAUCACUCGCCUUCGUGUCUUCUGUCCGCUUUUGACAUUUCUCACUCCAUUGGCAAGAGAGCGGCUUGUGCAGGACACAUUUUUAUAUCAAGGCUUAGUGUAAAUACAGUUCUGUUUUUUUUUUUCUAGUUUUCUAGAACCUAAUGUUGUCAAUCGCGUUACAAAAAUGAUAUUUAAAUGUUUAUUUUUUAAAGAAAAUUA